CAUUGUGACCACUCAGUUCUCACUGAUCUCUCAAAGCGUGUGGACGUACGCGCGUCGAAAACGGUAUCGCAAACGUUAAGGAGUUACGCGAAUGCUCCUCGGUUCGGAAACGUAAAACACAAGUUUGAAAUGUGUAACAAACUGAGCAGUAAGCAGUUCGAGACAGAUUGUUGUGAAAUGAAAAAUUAACUGAAGCAAUUACUUGUUAAGCAAAGCAUUAAAAAUAGUUUCUUGAUGAAUCAGAUCGACAGCAAUAACGUGAAAAAGAAAGACAUCAGAUUCAGUACGGAUCGUGUUUUCGGUGUAUAACAUAAUUCGCAGAAGCGUGUAUUGAAGAGCAGUUGUGUUGUGUAAUGUUUGUGCGUCGCAAGUCUAGUUUUUGACCUGCCGUGACACACGCACCAUCGGAAGUGCGGAAAAUCCAAUUGAUGUGGUCGUCCGAUGUUUUGAAGUAGCCAGAUUUCACCCAUCACAAAACCCAACUGAUUGGUGUGCUGUGUUGAAAGAAAAUUCCAAUAAGAUAGAAGAAAAACGUCUAGCUCUGGUGGUAUUCUGCUAGUGUUGGUGCUAAUGCCGAUGUGCAACAAAUCUGGAAGGCUAGUGUAACUGAAAGUCCUUCGCAGCGCGGGCGUCUUACAGAAAUUGUGUUGUGUGUGAAAAUAUUUGUCCUCCAACGCUCGCAACGUACGCGGGGGAUUUGGUUUUGUUGUGCCAGUGAAAAUCUUCGCCCAAACGGUGGUGGGUUCACCGCAGUGAAGCUGUUUUUGUGCGCCCAGUGAAAAUCUUGCCCUAAACCGACACAUAAAUCUUCCGAGUUCGUGGGGCCUUCUCACCAAGUGGUGUUUGGUCACUAUUUUUGUACAAGUUUGCUACUGGCAGCUGUGUCUAUUACGCAUUGAAAGGUUUCGUACAGAGUGAAGGUGACGUUCGUCUUUAAAAUCCCCGCCAGCCAUCCCUUCCGUCAUAUCUGACACUUCCGGGAGGAAUAAUUGAAGUUUGCAGAAGGAUUCACCCGAACGGCUGGGAAUGCAAGAAAGUGGACAAGAUUCCUGGUGAAAAGGUACCCUGUAGACAAGAAAGCAUAAGCCAGUGAUUCUAGCAGCUUUUAUCCGGUGAACUACUUGCAUCAAAUCGACCGGGUAAUAUCGAGGACCGGAUAUUUAUUACCUACUAUUCCGCAACUCGACAAAAGGGAAAACCCGGCAUUGAUUGCAUCUGUUAAGUGAUUUAAUUGUGAUUAGAAUCUUGCUAAGUGUGGUGAUUAAAGUGCGAAACCGGUAGUGUAUGUUGAUAAAUGGUGUGCAAGUAGAGGAGGUGUCCAUAGCAAAAAAAAGUGAAUCCAUAGUGUGUGUGUCAGUGAGUGUGCGUGAGUAAAGGUUGCAGUUGCAAGACGUGUUCUUUGGUGAAAACGGUCCUCGUGCAAUCGACACAGUGUUUCAGUGCCAGUUCAGUGGAAAAAAAAUCAAGCAAAAAAAAGAAAGGAAAAAAAAAACAUCCGGACAGUGAUUUGUCCGUUGUCGGUGGAAAAGCGGAAAAAAAUAAAAUUUAAAAAAUUGAUCCUCCCGUAACAAAAAGAAAAAUCCCGGUCACACCGUGCCAAAAUCGUUCGUUCGGUUGUGUUGAAGGGUGGGGGAGUGAUUUGCUGCAGUCACUUCCGGCGGAUUCCCGUACGUCCGUUACCCCUGUGUGCUUUACUUCGCGCGUGAACUCCUCUACACUCCCCGGAAUCCAUCGUAAAUCCAGCGUCCAGCAACGUUUCCAGCAUCAUCCAGUUUCGCCAACCGGAACACACGCCAGAUUUUUCAACCCACUCCAGAAACCAAGACAAGACAGUUUCGCUCAGCAUGAACGGAUACAUUCGUGGCCAGGCGUCUUUUGAGCAUCUUUCUUUUGCUGCCGAUAUUUCACGCGUACGCGGAUAAAUCCUUGUGUUCUAGCUAUGUAAAUGCUGUGUGCCUUGCAGAGGCAUGUUGGGCUCUACUGCUAAUGGUCGUUUAAUGGGCCCUGGUGUUGGUUCAUCAACGUCGUCGUCGUCUUCGUCGUCCCUGUCGUCGUCGUCGUCGUCGUCCGCACUGCAACAGCAGCAGUCGCACACGACCCAACAGCAACACCAGCUUGCCCACCACCCGUACACGGGUCUGCCGUCGCACCACCAUUAUCCGCUGCAGCCGCAACAUCCUGCACUUGCUGCUGCCCAUCAUCAUCGGAGCAUAUGGCCAUCGUUAGGUGCAGCCACCGGCAGAUCCGCAUUCGAGCUACAAACCGCAACCAAUGGCGAAGUGACGGAAUCACUAUUUGCCGCCGGAGGAUAUAAUACACCUCCUGCCAGCUCACCAUUUCUUCCCUGCUCACCGUUAGAGCUUGUGGCCAAAAAUUUCCACAGCGCCGGUGCUGCCCUCUCCUUCAGUCAGGCAAAUAGCAGCAUCUUCGUGCAGUCACAAACAGACUUUAUCAAUGGCACUACAGCGGUCGCGAAGAAAACCGAAACCUGCAUCGGACGGUGGGAGCACGGCACCAUAGAACCAUUGCAGAUUCAGGUUCCACCGAACUCAUUUUUGCCAACGGCAACCACCGGCAGCUUUGCACUGAACUCUCCCGAGAGCGCCAGCUCCGGCGAACCAUUGCUGGCCGGCGGUCAUCAAACCGUCGGUGACAGGCUACACCCGGCGUACUAUCGCUACCCAUACAAGCCGGACGAAAACGGCAACCACCACGACACGUCCUUCCUUCGCAGCUACUGCAUCGAGCGUGAAUACCAUCACGAACGGUUGCUGACGUCGGUCGGUGUGGAGCCGUGUUGCAAACCGAAGCUACACCUUCCACUCGCCGACGACCCGGUAAAAUCCCGUCGAGACCAUUCCGCACAGUCCAGCUUCGAUCGUUACGAUUCGACGGCACUGCUUAGCCCAACCUCACCGACAACACCGCCAUCCUACGAGUACUGUAAGCUUAAGCGCAAGCUACACUCGAUUCUGCUCGAACCGAGCACCGAGAACGGCGGUCGGCCAGUAUCGAACGGUACCGAUGAUCGAUCGUCAUCCGGGUUGCUGCAAACGUCGCACACCCCACGGCAACCGGCUUCCGGUCCAGAGCAACGGCACCUUGAAGCCACACCGGCACCAGAGCUCGCGAACGCCCAGCAACCUGCAACCGUUGAUCGGAAGCAGCAGUGUGGAGUAGCGGCAACAUUCAACCAUCCACCAACGGCAUCGUCGGCGCCAGCGAGCGAAGCUGUCAAUCAUAGACCACGGCGCCGUUGGGCAGCAUUACAUUCGGCACACCACGCCCAACAGACAAACGGGGACGGCAACGGGAGUGGCCCGACACCAUCGGCCCCACCAUCUGACCCUCGCCCUGCUGCCGAACCUUGUGACGCACCGUCCGGCGGUUCUUGCCGACCCAAGUCACCAGGACAUCAGCAAUCGGCGACGCUACGGGCAGUGGAACGUCUUCCGAAGAAGCGACGCUCGAUACGAGUCGAUCGGCAGGAGGAAUCUGCCAACCGUGACACGGACAGCAAAACCGUUGUUCACAUCAAACGUGAACCGUGCCAGGUGUCGGAAGUGACAACCUCAAACAGCUACGAAGCGACCACCAACACAACGGCUCUGAAUGCCAUCAUAAAGAUCGAAGCAUCCUCACCGAAGGGUCUGACCGGUCCCGGUACGACCGGUACUGCCGGCAAUAGCAGCCGAACCACCAGCAACUUCACCAGCAGCUCGGUCGCACGUAGCAACCUGCUGACGGCCAGUCACAGCGCCAGCGCUAUCAUUAGCAACGUUACCGUGGGUGGCAGUAGCAGCAGUAGCGGUGGUGGUGGUGGUGGUGGAACGAACAUCGGCACCAGCGGAGGAGGUGGUGCCAACGCGAGCUCGAGCACUGUUGCCGCCACGAUGGAACAACUCGGGCUAGCGUCGGCCACCAACAAUCAUCCGCCCGGUCCGACGACGGCCUCCGCCACUCCAUCCGCUGCCCAAUCCAUCCCAGUCGGCAUUGCAGUCGCCCGCCAGCGGCUGCAAGAAAGUUCGGCCACACCGUCAUCCCAACUGCACCCCGGCAAAGAGCUGAACCGGUACGGUUUAGGGUUGGCGAGUGCUGCAGCGAAUGGUGCCUCGCUGAACGGUACGACGGCAGAUUUAGGCUGCGCAACGCCCGGCCUAAGCCAGAACAUGUUUUUCACCGGCACCAACUCCACCAUGAUACCCCUCGCACCGGACGCGGUCGCGAUGGGCGUGACCAAUGCGGCGGUUCAGAACGCCGUCCGCACACCACCCGCCCUCUGGCAGUAUCCUGCUCCCGUCCCCAUGGAAUCGAUGCUACCCAUGCCCCCGAUACCGCCCGUUGGGUUCCAGCUGGUGCGGGAUCCCACCACCGGCCAGAUACUGUUCCUUCCUGCGGCGGCGACAAUCGCCAAUCCGUCAAACCUUCUAGAUAAAAUCUAUAUUUCUUGUAUAGAACCAUUCCAACAAGCGGUCGUGUGGCCCUCGUACCCGCAAUCGACCGCAUCGCUCCAGUCACAGCAUCUGCUCCUGCCGCAGCUUCCACCCCAGCAACUUCAGCCACCACCGCUGGCCCCGUUGCAGAUGCUAAGCUCGGACUAUCUGAGCACGGCCAGCACUACACUCCAUCAGCAACACACCCAAACGCACCACAGUACACGUUACCUUGCCUUGACGUCCGAAUCGAAUGGCAAACGUUCGUCCCUCGCGAGUGGUAAGCAGUCGCAAUCUACGGCUAACUCGUCCAGUUCCGGACCCGCCAGCACUUGCGGUCAGCCGACGAUUCCACUCCCGAUUCCUGCCUCGCAUGCGUUUAUCAAGAUCGAAGAUUGCUCGACCAGUGCAGGCAUCUCCGCAGCCAUGGGAGCGUCCACCGGGUCGACCCAUCUCGCGACGUCUCUGUUCGGUUCGUUGAGUGAUGUAGAUAAAGCGAACGGGUCGGGGAGCGCAUCUGGCACGAACUCGCUAACGAACGGGGCUGGACCACAUUCGCACCUCGCACUACCAGCGCCCAGUGAUCUAACGCCGCAGCUACUGUUCCAACCGGCCAAUCUAAUACACAUCGCACCGCACCAUCCCGGCAAGUCUCACUCUUCCGGGCACACGCUGUUGGAGGCAUCUUCGGCAACCGGUACGCUCAGUACUUCUGUCGCAAAUCCUACGCCACCUCCGUCCGCCCUACCAACAACAGUAACUUCUGCUCUGUUAAGCGGAUUGAGCGGCCAAUCGACAAAUCCUAACAGCCAUCCACCUCCGUUAGUAGCUUCGACGGUUCCAGCAACAACCUGCCUAACACCUCCACCAGACACUACCACCACCCUGCACUCGCAAACCGACGACACGGACGGCACGCAGGAAGUGAUCGAACCGCCGGAAGUGCAGGACGCCAACAUACAGACGGACACACCCAUCAUGAGUGAGGACGAGACAACGCAACCGCCCGGCGGUACCGAUGCGGAAGCGACCCUCACCGAAGCGGCCGCCAUCAUAUCGACGGAAGCGACCCUAGCGUCAGCUUAUCACGCGCUAGCGAGCGAACAACCUCUGUGCCAUAGUACGCUUAUCAACAGCAGUGGAGAUUCGGCUAUCGAGCCUGAUAUGUCCACCUCUGCCUUGCUGAACGCCACCAGCACUUCCAACUGUGAUCAGGUCGACAUGGAGCUGGAGCCGACCAACAAAAGUGCACCACCGCCGCCGCUCGCUCCGAUACAAAAUGAACCGGAAAAUCUAUCCGUCGCUGCUGCCGCUACUCCCAGCAUCGUUGGAGGACAGCAGCGACGAGUGCCAAAGCUGGAACUCCAUUCGCCUACUGGACCGAACACGACCACGAGUGGCAUAAGCACGUUUGCUGGUGCAAGAACUGAAAAGGACACAGCAGCACCAAUUAGUCAACAGGACCAUCCCGUGGAUCUGAGCGGGUUAGAGCUGUUGUCGCAUAGUAUUGAAGUGUUCCAGAAGAAGUCAUCACUGAUCAAGAAGGAACCGAUCUCACCGCAACUUCCAACAGAUCCCUCCUCGGUGAAUGUAGUGCCAUCUUUACCCACAACAUCCGCAGCCGUGUGUCCGGAGCCGGCGGGUCCAUGUCAACUGACACCACCGAUGGUUCCACCCACCGUCCCAGAAGCUUUUCUCCGGACCGAUGAACCGAUGGGUGGGCUGAACCUGCUCUGUGCCCUGGCAGAGCAGCGCUUCCAGGAGGAGGGUAUGUUCAACAAAGAUUCUCCCGCCACGUCGAGCAGCUCGGGCAGUAGCAAUAGUAGCGGUAGUAGCUACAGCAGCAACACAUCGGCCAGUAGCGCUAGCAGCACGGCAUCACCUCCCGCAUCGCCACCAAACUCCUGUGGCAAAGCCAUUACUCAGCAAGAGUUACUGAGCGCGGCGUCCGCUUCUCACGGCAAUCUGGCAACGCUGAUCGCGUCAGGAGCUAACGGUGCGGAAUCAAUUUCUCGCAAGCGCAAACACCACAAACAUUCCAAAGAUUCGAAUGGUAAAAAGUCGAGCAAAAAAUCGAAACACGAUAAGGAACAUCGGCGUGCAGAAAAGCGCCGAAAGCAAAGCUCGGACGGUACAUCGCCCGACGGGGAAGGUGAUCUGGAUGCGGAGAUUAAGGAAAGCCUUACAAGGGUAAAGGCGAAGCUGAACCGAUGCAACUGCAAGGACGGGGAUGAGAAGGAUCAUCGAUGCUGCCGUACCCAGUGGCCAACAGCGAACGAGCUUUUCAGCGUGAUCGAGUCGGACAUGAAGGAACGGCUGGAGCGCAUCACGCGACAGUGUGAGGAGAAAAAGCGAGAGCUAGAGCAGAUGAGUACGGCUGCAGUGGCGAAGGUGAAACCGUUGGCCAACAACAGCAUGGUACGCAUCCCGGAGAUGGGCAAAACGUUCUUCGGAGGUUUUGGAACCGUUACCACUGCCGGCGGUAUGCUGAAUACGUUCGGUUCCGGUAGUGGAGGCAGUUCCGUGCUUGGACAUGGACUGGGAGGACCAAAGUUCAGCACAAUCCCGGCGCUAUCGCCCAACUUUUCCUCCUCGUCCAAUUCCACCACCUUUGUGGAGCUGCCGAAGCUGAGCUCGGAUACGGAUUCGAGUGGAAAGCGGGAGGAUGAUGAUGCGUGCUCCAUCGAGCGGUUGUCUUACUCGAAGCGCAAGGGUGGUAUCCCGAAGAAGCACGACGAGCUAACACUGACGGAGACGAUUGUCGCGAAAAAGCCCAAGAGUCUGGUGGGGUACAUUCUCGCGUCCAAAAAUACACGGGACAGUAGUGUGAAGGAUGCGGUACACCAGAAGGCGGAGAAGCAACAUCACAAUCAUUGGAGCCAUGUGUUGCACCAGAGCGGCGCAAACGGAGCACCAGUAGGGGGUCUUGGACUCGCCAAACAGCACCAUAUCAGUGAGUCCAAGUUCAAAAAAUCACCCAUCCAUUCGUCCAAGUUUGAAAGCACCACCAGUGACGACACUAGCAACCUUUCGGACAGCUCACUGAAGCCGCAGGUGAAGAUACGUUCGCCCGCGGGUGGAGUGUUUGCGUUCGAGGACGAAAACAGCAAACCCUCGGAUGCUGCCUUCUCGAUCUUCGGUGGUAAACCGUCGAUCUUCGACAAGGUAAAGACGAACGCCACCGUAGGACAUCAGGUCGGUUCACUCAUCGGGCUGAAGGUGUCGCCAGUGAAGGCGGCCGUCGUAACUCCGCUGAUGAAACCACAACAUCAUAUGGUUGGCAAUGGAACGCCCACCAAUGGAAAUUUGAUCGGCGGUCCAGUGCUGAAGCGCAAGAAAUCUCGUAGCAAGGAUCGUAAACGACGCAGCUCGGAAAAGAAACGUAUCGACCAGCGGUGCCUGCUGACUAGCGAGCAUCUCGGCAGGGACAAGACGCGUGUGCUGACCGCGAUGGGAGGACUGUUCUAUGCCGGUUGUCUGAGUGCGGUGCAACCUCCGGACAUCUACGCCGUUACACUGGACGGCGAGCGUGGAAAUCGGCCCCAUAUCAUGUCCCGGGAGGAAGUUUUGCGUGAUGCGAUACUGGAAGUGGCACCAAAAUCCGUCGAUGACAUCAUCCCAGGAACGCGUCUCUGUGCGUACUGGAGCCAACAGUACCGGUGCCUAUAUCCGGGAGUUGCCGCCGAACCUGCCUCUCCCGAUCCGGAAAAGCGUUUCGUGAACGUGGAGUUUGAUGAUGGCGAUAAUGGAAAGAUCGCCCUGGAGGACAUCCGUUUCCUGAUGAGCGACUACCCGAUAGUCGAAUACGAUCCCAAUCCUCUUUUAUCGCUAGGCAAGCGUAAGCGCCAGCCAAGCCACUCCGAACCGUGUCCCCAGAUCGGAACGCUCGGUCCGGCUUCGAUGGUACCGCACGGAGUCCCCAGUCAACCGGUGGCAACCCAUCCGCAGCCCGUCACCACGACGCCACUUACGGCCACCGUCACACCGAUGAUCUCGUCACCGCUGGCCGGCGCAUCGACCAUUAACAGCUUCGCGCUGACGACGGAACGGGCUGAGAAGCGGCUGCACGACGAAGCCUACCGAGAAGAGCGACGCCGGUUGAAGAAAAUUCGCAAAGACAAACUACGCCGGCUGGCAGCGAACAACGCAGAACUGGCCGCAAACGGAGCCGGCGGUACCGGAGUGCACAAGCACAAGAAAUCCAAAUCGAAGUGUUACGACGAGUUCUGCAAGCAUCGGAAGCACAAGAAGCGACGAAAGCAUAAGAAACACCACCGAGAAACGGUAGCUCCGUCGUCACCGGAAGGAACGGCUGCCGAUGCGACCGGAUCGAUGGACGAUGACAUUUCACAGGGUGACAGUGCGUCACAGACGGCGGGACAGUUUAGUCCGCGGCCGGUACAGCAGGAGGGACCCACGUUCGGACCGACCGCUGAGAAGGAGGACAACCUUACGGAGGAAGAAGUUAGCUCUUCCGUGACGGAAAGCUCCGGAUCGUACUAUCAACCGCAGAAGAAACCGUCGACCGCGGAACGGAAACCUUCCACCGACCAGCAGAAUGGGAGUAAAAUUGCCGCCUUCCUGCCGGCGCGUCAGCUGUGGGCUUGGUGUGGCAAGGGCUAUCGUCGUUCGGCCGGUCGUGUAAAGAAGCAGUUCUACAAAUCGAUCCAGCGAGGCAAAGAAACCAUUUCGGUUGGUGAUUCAGCCGUUUUUCUCUCGACGGGACGACCCGAUCGGCCCUACAUCGGGCACAUUGAAUCCAUGUGGGAAACGUCCACCAACAACAUGGUGGUCCGAGUCAAGUGGUUCUACCAUCCAGAGGAAACGCAAGAUUGUCCCAAUCUCAAAUAUCCGGGAGCUCUGUUUCAAUCUCCGCACGAGGACGAAAACGACGUCCAGACGAUAUCGCACAAGUGUGAAGUGUUGGAAUUGCGCGAUUACACCGCCAAGUUUGGUGCCGACCCGAAGCAGUAUACCUCGAUCUACGAUAAUAACGACACGUACUAUCUGGCCGGAUACUACGAUCCGACGGUGAUGACAAUCAAAAUGCAACCGGAGAUCGAAAUUUUGCCUCCUAACGAGCGGUGGGUAACCACAACCAGCACCACUGUACUGACACCGACUACGCCAUCGAUGGGUACGGUCACAGCUACCACUAAGUCGACCCCAACGUCGUCCGGAGUAACAGCGAAGUCACUCACUAGCACCAGCAGUAACGGUAACACCAAAGCAAGCAAUAACGUGGCCCACAGUGUCGUUUCUUCUGCUUGAACAGAUUUCAAGCCAUCGUUCCUCAAAAAAAAAGUCCAAUAAUGGCUAUCAGAAAUGCGUUAGAGCAAACUGUACAUAAAACGUGCGGCUCUACAAGAGCUGCACAGCAGCAGCAGCAGCAGCAGCAGCAGCAACAGACAAAUGCAAGCUAAACCAUACAAAUCAAUCUAGAACCGUCACUUUGCAAAAGUGGACACUAAGUCGUCAUAGUGCUUAGGGUUAAGUGGAUAGAAUAGAGUCAACCGUAGUCGCUAGUGCCGUCAGGACAUUGUUGUUCAAAUUCGAUUUGAUCACCCAUGACUAUGUAGAUAUGUAAAAUACAUCUUUAAUUGCUAGAGAUCAUAGGGAAGACAGCUCCUAACAGAGCAAGUUGGCAUUUUGCAGACGCGCUAGGCUUAAGGUGGCGCAUUUUGGGUGACAAUUUAUUUAUUCAGUAACAAAAUCCCCCAUCGUUGUCUUCGUCCUGCAGUAGGAUGGAUGAUGUGUAAAUAGUUAACAGAGGGAGAGAGAGAGAGAGAGAGAGAGAGAGAGAGAGAGAGAGAGAGAGAAAUCCCAUCCAAUAUCUUGAGGGAUAAUGAUGGUAUUCCUUAUCAAUCAAUCAGUAGAGUUGAGUGUCUAUUUAGUAAUCAUCCCAGAAAAAAAACAAGCAGUGAAACCCCCCUUUGCAACGACGCAUAUUACGACUGAAUCGGUUAAGCUUAACGAACAUUUAACAUUAAGCUACACAAAGCUUACCAGGACUGGGUGAAAUCACAAAUUCGGCAACACAUCCAGACAGACCGUGUCCAACGAAGAAGCUAUAUUUUUCUACACCACGAUACCAGUAUAUUUAUACAGCAGUGGGCCGAGUUGUGUGUGUGUGUAAUUGAAGGGGUGUUUUAUUGGGUGAUAUAUUUUCCUCUCAAAAUGGGGUGGACGACGAAUAAUAGAUAAAGCAUGGAUGUGAUUCUGUUCGUGAAUGUUUGCGCCAUGCCGCCGCGUUGUGUUGGACAGCGUACACUUUCUGGAUGCAACAUAUUUUGGAACAAAUAACAAUUAUCAUACCAAAAAAAAUGAGAUACAAAAAAAAAACGAGACACACUUUUCGGAAGAGCUUUUUUGGAAAAAUCAACAUUACCUCUGCUAUACAAAUUUAUAACAAAACGUAAAAGAGA